UACCUCGGCCGAGUAAUCACCACACAUAACCGUCGAUAGUCCGCUACCAAGUUUUGGAAGACUACGCUUAACUGUUUAUCAUCUUUUGUCAAAAUCAUCUUAAGUGAAAAUCAUCUUAGGUGAAGAAAGUGGUGAGACAAGAAAUAAAUCACCAUGGCGAUUAUGCAAAGUUGUUGUUGCUUCUCUAACGUCAGGAGUGGAUCCAUUGCCUGUGGUGUCUACUCAUUAGUUACCAGCUGCAUCUAUUUAGCGGUAUGGUCCUGGAACUUGGUUCAGGCCGUAAACCUCCUCACCGGUUAUUCAGGACCGACUGUUGAUGGGAUCUAUGCAGCAUACAGCAUUGAUAUUAUCCUCGCCGCUUUUCUUCUCAUCGCAUCCAUUAUUCUCAUAGUGGGCGUGCCCCUGCACAACAAGACGAUGCUGAUUCCUUAUAUGGUGGGGGUCUUGGCUCUCAUCGUUUUCCAAGCUAUUGCAUGGAUUAUCCUCUUCGUCCUUCUCGGAGCCGUAUCUAUCGUGCUGAUCGUGAACCUUGUCGUCUGGCUCCUAUUUACUGCCCUCAACAUCACCUGUCUAAUCUGCGUCAUCUCGCAAUACCAAGAACUUAGCGAAGGUCGAGGAAGGGCCAUGAUGACAUAACCAUAGCAACAUGAAACUUUCAACAACAAAAUCAUCCUUCUGGGCAUCGCCUUACAAAACCGACAUGAGUAGAAGUUCAAAGACAUCCCUUCGAACGCGUGUGACAUUCAAUUCACGCGUUUCAAUGCGUUCUCGGCGAACUUUUAUUUAUGACAGUUUCAUGAAAAAACCCUGGCCUAUCGAGAGGCUGAUGGCACCAACAUACUUAACAAAAGAUUUACAUCAUAUCAGUUCACUAAAUGAUCACAACACAAGCCAUACUGUAAGGGAUGCAUUGUGUGUACCCAAAGUUAGGACGGACACUUAAAAAAAUAGUCCUCUCAUUUCUGGAAUUAAAGUAUGGAACCAACUUGAAAGUUCUGCCAAAAUGUCACCUACUUUGACCAGUUAUAAACACGCUCUAAAAGCCCUGUUAUCUGUAUAUGAAGUGUAAGCGAACU